AAAUCAAUUUUAUAUUGUAUUCCAGAUUUUGAAUUUAAGAAAUGCAGCAGGCGGGGAGGAUCUGCUCAGGGAGCAGUAAAACCUCUACCUGGUCUGCUAGAAGGAGAGCAUGGAUAGGAUUGAGAAAUCUCUCGGUAAAAUCAAAUCAGUCCGUGGAGAUAAAAGAAGAAUCCGACCUGCCCUCUCAUGCUCAGGUCGUGAUUGCUGGAUCUGGUAUGAUCGGUAACUCUGUUGCGUAUCAUCUAGUACAGCGGGGAUGGUCUGAUAUUGUCAUUAUUGACAAAGGUAAGGUUGCCGAGGGAACGAGUAGAUAUGGAAGUGGAAUGCUUGGAUUAUUUCGACCCUCUUACGAGAGAAAACUGGUUCAAUACUGUAUAGAUCUUUAUUCAAAUCUUCAGAAACAAGGUUAUGAUUUGGGGCUAGAGCACUGUGGUAGUGUUAAUAUUGCUACAAGUAAAGAUAGAUUGAUUUCUCUCCAGAGACGAGCAAGUAGCUACAGACCCACUGGAGUAGAAUGUCAUCUGAUUGGUGGGAAGGAAAUGGAGGAACUCCAUCCUUAUGUGAAUACUGAGGAUAUACUCGGAGGAGUCUGGAUACCGCAGGACGCAUGCGUAGAUGCCGGGAAGGUUUCACAGGUUCUAGCUCAUCUAGCCAACGAAGGAGGAGCCAAGUUUGUUGGUGGAUGUGGAGUUCGAAAGGUGCACACCAAGGUUGGAGAAUCAGUGCAGAGUAAUCUGUUCAUGUAUCAACAUUCAAAUAAGAAUAUUAAAGUCACAGGAGUAGAAACAGAAAAAGGGUUGAUAAAGUGCGAAUAUUUUGUUAAUUGUGCUGGAAUCUGGGCUAGAGAAAUAGGUCGAAUGAUGGAAACCCCGGUUCGGAUCCCAAUCUGUCCAGCUGAACACUUUUUCCUAACAUUCAAACCAAUUCCGGAGCUGAAGGAUAAAAAGCUGCCAAAUGUUCGAGAUUAUGAUUCUCGGAUCUAUGUUCGUCAGCUGGCCUCCUCCUUCAUGAUGGGAGUAUUUGAGAAGCAGGCUCGACCCUGGGACGUAAGCAAACAUGGGAUAGAUCCUGAUUGGGAUCAGAUCAAGGAGGAGCACUGGUUACACCUUGAACCAUACAUCCGUUCUUCUCUACGUAGAUUUCCAAUACUCAAAGAAACUCAGUAUGAUUUCCUACUAAGUACACCGGAUGCUUUUACUCCAGACGGAAGAUGGAUUCUCGGAGAAACUCCGGAGGUUGGAAACUAUUUUGUCUGCGCUGGUAUGAACGGUAACUCACUCCAGGGAGCUGGUGGGGUAGGUAAAGCUGUGGCUGACUGGAUAGUUGGAGGUUCACCACCUGGAGAUAUGCUUCAGUUCGAAGUUCAGAGGUUUACCUCGCUUCACAACAACAAUAGGUUUCUGCUUGAGAGAUCCCGGGAGGUGGUCGGGAGACAUUAUCAGCUUCAUUAUCCGCUUGUAUCAGAGUUCAAAUAUGGUAGACAGAUCAGAACUUCUCCAAUAUACAGUGAACUAGAAGCUCGAGGAGCGGUUUUUGGAGAGAGAAUGGGUUGGGAGAGAGCUUUAUACUUUAAUCCUUCACAUCAUCGCGAGGAUCCACCCUCGGAGCUUCCUGGCGGAACCUUUAGAAAACCAGAGUUUUUCGAUCAUAUCGAGGACGAGUAUCUGGUGUGCAGAGAAGGAGUUGGACUCAUCGAUAUGUCGAGCUUUGCCAAGUUUAUUGUUCGAGGAGAUGAAGAAUCUGUGGUAAAGUUCCUGCAGAAGCUUUGCUCUAAUGAUAUAAAUAUUCCUGUUGGAGGAAUAGUUCCUACUGGUAUGCAGAAUGAGAAGGGGGGAUAUGAGAAUGAUUGUAUGUUGAUAAGACGAGAUCUGAACUCAUUUUUCAUGGUUUCUCCGACUCAGCAGCAAACCAGAAUAUUGGAGUAUAUGGAGAACCAUCUACCUGAGGAUAAUAGUGUAGGAUUGCAGGUUAGUGGUAAUAAAUGACUAUCCAUUGCUGGUCCUAAAUCUAAAGAUCUGAUGGAGGAAAUGAGCGGAAGUGAGAUGUCGAUGCAUCCGUUUACCUACAGAGAGGUGAAUGUUGGCUAUGCAAGUGGAAUAAUGGUCCUAGCUGUUACUAAUACAGGUGAACCUGGGUAUUCGCUUUAUAUUCCAUCAGAGUUCGCUCUUCAGAUUUAUGACAAUCUUAUGAAGGUUGGGAGGGAUUACGGUAUACGUAAUGUGGGCCACCUCGCUAUGCGGUUCCUACGGAUAGAGAAGUUUAUUCCGUUCUGGGGCGAGGAGUUGACCGCGGAAACAACUCCUAACGAGGUCAACAGAACCUUCAAGGUCAAGUUCGACAAAGACUAUUUCGUCGGAAAGGAUGCGCUACUGAAGCAGAAAGAGGAGGGCGUGUUUAAGAGACUGGUUCAGUUUCAUCUUGAAGAGUUUAACAAGGACGAGGCUAUCUGGCCCUGGGGUGGGGAAGCUAUUUAUAGGAAUGGUGAAUUUGUUGGAUUUACCACCUCCAGUGCGUAUGGGUUCACCUUGCAUAAAAUGAUAGCGCUGGGUUUUGUCCAGCACCCGUCCACACUAGCUGGUGCUAGAACUCCUGUUGAUCAUCAUUGGGUUACAGACAAGUCGGCUCAUUGGACUAUAGACAUUGCAGGGAAACAGGUUCCUAUCACAGCUCACCUGCAUCCUCCAAACUUGCCAAUUAUCAGCCAGGACUCUCAUAAUUCGGAUUACAUGAACAAGAAGAAACAUCAGCCGACUGUUCAACUACUUAAACGUAUUAAAAAGAUGGAAAAGUCCAGCUAAAGUGCAAAUUGUAUACAUUUCAUUCAUUCUGGAUUCUAAAUUUAAUUUAUUAAUUAGAAUAUUUAGUUUUUAAAUUUAUUCAAAUUCUUCUUUUAGUCUAGUCAAAUAUUUGCAGA